GGGUGUAUAUAAAAGGAUAUACAACAUUUCCACAUGUGCCUAGUAAGAAUUAAAUUUUUACUAUAUUAAGUGUUGAAGAAGUACAUACAAAGUAAGUAGUUGUAUUUAUGUGAACCUUGAACGUUAUCCUUUCUGUCUAAAGGCUGUACACUGAAAUGAAAGCUAAAAGACAUAAUCACAACACAAUCCUAAAACCUUACCUAAUAUCCAACUCCACCCAAACACAUCACUACUCUUUCAUUUUUCAGCCUUUGUUACAUUCUUUAUGAGGCUACUCUUCAACUUUCAUCAAUUUUGGUCAUAGUUGAUAGAUAUUCAAAUAAUUCAUAGAUGGAGAAAAAGGAAUCAUCAUCUAAGUAUGAUCAACAUGAAGAUGCUACUAAAAAAGCUACAAAAUUUGAUGGAGAUUCCGCGACAGUUUCGUCUAAUUCAGGAAAAAGUGAAGAACCUGUGAACAAAUGGAUGGCAUUUGCUAACAAAUCAGAUGAAAACUCGACAACAACGAAGGCUCCUACUGGUCACGACGAUCAAAUUAUAACCGAAGCAGCUAUAGCCGAGAGAGCUGCGGAAUGGGGACUAGUUGUGAACUCAGGCAAUUUGAAAGCAGCAAUUGAGACAACAAGUUCUUCAUUAGAUGGUGAUAGGAGUAAAGGCAUGUCAGAUAGGUUUGCUGAUUCGGCAAGGGUUUCCGGAGAUUCGAAUUAUGGUUCGGAGGCUAAAUUAUCAGGGUUGUUUCCAAGAGUUUCGCAAGAGUUGAAAGAAGCAUUGGCUACACUUCAACAAACAUUUGUUGUCUCUGAUGCAACUAAACCUGAUUGUCCUAUCUUGUAUGCUAGCAGUGGUUUUUUUACUAUGACCGGUUACUCUUCCAAAGAGGUUAUUGGAAGGAAUUGCCGAUUUCUUCAAGGACCUGAAACUGACAUGAAUGAAGUAGCUAAAAUUCGGGAUGCAACGAAGAAUGGGAGGAGUUAUUGCGGCAGGCUUUUAAACUACAAGAAAAAUGGAACACCAUUUUGGAAUCUUCUCACUGUCACUCCAAUCAAAGAUGAUCGUGGCAAUACCAUCAAAUUCAUUGGAAUGCAGGUUGAGGUGAGCAAGUACACAGAAGGUGUGAAUGAGAAGGAACUAAGACCAAAUGGAUUACCAAAAUCAUUAAUUCGCUACGACGCUCGUCAAAAGGAGAAAGCUAUGGGAUCAAUCACUGAGGUUGUUCAAACUGUUAAGGAUCCAAAAUCGAUAAUGCGCGGUAUGAUUGAUGAAAAUGCCGCCACCAAGCAUGAAGAGCUAGAGAAAAUAAAUUAUGAUUUUGCUUUGCCAAAGUCUGCCGAACCUGAGAGUACACCACCUAGUAAUCAUAUGUCGCGCUUUAGUUCUUACGAGGAAAGGAACAACAAGUCAUCAAGAAAAUCAGGAAUAACUUCUUCCAAAGGUGUUAAAGGGAAAUCAAUGAGUGCUGUAGGGAGAGACAAGGAAAAAAUUAUUAUUGAACCUGAAGUUUUGAUGACAAAGGAAAUAGAAUGGUCCAAAUGGGAGGCAAGAGAGAGAGAUAUAAGGCAAGGAAUUGAUCUAGCAACCACAUUGGAGAGAAUAGAAAAGAAUUUUGUGAUUUCUGAUCCUAGACUUCCAGAUUGUCCAAUUAUAUUUGCAUCAGAUAGUUUUCUCGAGCUUACAGAAUACACGCGAGAAGAAAUUUUGGGUCGAAACUGUCGGUUUCUUCAAGGACCAGAAACAGACCAGACAACUGUCUCUAGGAUUCGAGAUGCUAUCAGAGAUCAGAGGGAAAUCACAGUUCAGUUGAUCAACUAUACUAAGAGUGGAAAAAAAUUCUGGAAUUUGUUUCACUUGCAACCUAUGCGUGACCAAAAGGGUGAACUUCAAUACUUCAUUGGUGUUCAAUUAGAUGGAAGUGACCAUUUAGAGCCUUUAAGAAACCGUCUGUCUGAAGGUUCUGAGCAACAAAGUGCUAAGUUGGUAAAAGCCACUGCAGAAAAUGUUGAUGAAGCUGUUAGAGAACUUCCUGAUGCCAAUUUGAGACCAGAAGAUUUGUGGGCAAUUCAUUCUCAACCAGUUUCUCCAAGACCACACAAAAGGGACAAUCCUUCUUGGGUAGCUAUUCAAAAGAUAACUGCAAGAGGCGAAAAAAUUGGCCUUCACCAUUUUUCUCCAAUAAGGCCCUUGGGUUGUGGAGAUACUGGCAGUGUUCAUUUAGUGGAACUCCGAGGUACUGGCGAACUAUAUGCAAUGAAGGCAAUGGAAAAGUCUGUAAUGUUAAAUCGUAAUAAGGUUCAUCGAGCAUGUAUUGAAAGAGAGAUUAUAUCAUUACUUGAUCAUCCUUUUCUUCCAACACUAUACACCUCAUUUCAGACAGAGACACAUGUAUGUUUGAUUACUGACUUCUGCCCUGGGGGUGAGUUGUUCGCAGUACUCGACAGGCAACCCAUGAAGUUUUUAAAAGAAGAUUCAGCAAGAUUCUAUGCAGCAGAGGUUGUUAUUGGUUUGGAAUAUCUCCAUUGUUUGGGUAUAAUUUAUCGUGACUUAAAGCCUGAAAAUCUCUUACUUCAGAAGGAUGGCCAUAUUGUAUUAACUGAUUUUGAUCUAUCAUUUAUUACAUCAUGUAAACCUCAGGUUGUGAAGCAGUCAUUACCUAGUAAUAGAAGAAGAUCUCGAAGUCAGCCACCACCAUUAUUUGUUGCAGAGCCAAUUACACAAUCAAACUCAUUUGUUGGAACUGAAGAGUAUAUUGCCCCGGAAAUCAUAACUGGAGCGAGGCAUACAAGUGCUAUAGAUUGGUGGACCCUUGGUAUCUUGUUGUAUGAGAUGCUAUACGGCCGUACACCAUUUAGAGGAAAGAAUAGACAGAAGACAUUUUCCAAUAUCUUACACAAGGAUCUUACCUUUCCAAGCAGCAUCCCGGCUAGUCUUGCAGCUAGGCAGUUGAUUAAUGCACUAUUGCAAAGAGAUCCAGCCAGUCGUCUAGGUUCAACUACAGGAACCAAUGAUAUCAAACAACAUCCUUUUUUCCGUGGAAUCAACUGGCCUUUAAUCCGCAACAUGAGUCCACCCCCUUUAGAUGUUCCUCUUCAAUUUAUAGGAAUAGAUCCAACGGCAAAGGACAAGAAAUGGGAAGAUGAUGGUGUGCUAAAUAGCUCCAUUGAUUUGGAUAUUUUUUGAAGCUCAACACAAACUCCUCAGUAUGGGAUGUUUUGUUAGCAUCAUGCCUGACUCAUGCUUCAAAAUAAUCCCUACAACUGAGAAAUUCAAGUGCAAGAGCUUUGUCUAUCAAUUUGGUUAUAGUCCACCGCCAUAUUGUGAACCGUCAUUCGACAACUUGGAAUCAAAUAUUGUGUAGGGUUUGUAUAAAAGUAUCAUGUACAUUGAAUAAAUUCAGAGAGAUGUUUUACCAUUUGAGACAUGCUUCCUAGUUUAUGAUCAUGGACAUACAUUGAUAUUGUAUUUUUGUAAAUGGCUUAAAAUUUUAAUUGAGAGUAGCAGCAUGAGGAAAACUGAAUCUAGCAUGUAAAAAUAUAUGUUGUAGUAUUAUCAAAGGUUGUUUGAUGAUUUGUCAACCUACACCAAUGCAUAUGGGGAAAAUUCAGUCAU